UUAUUCAGUCCUUGUAAAGACCUUCGCGAUAAUAUCUACUACAUGGUAGAGGCUUGAGUCGAUCGACUAUUUCAUUCACGUGUUGACUUUGGUUUUGGGAGUAUAUAAACGGAAAUUUGCGCGAAAAGACUAAUUUGAGCCGAACGCGAUAUUUUAAUAAUCUGCAGCGAACAAUGAUUGCGUAAGCUCUCAUAGUGUUACGUUAUACCUAUUUUAUACGUGAAAUAAAGUGAUCACCUUGUACUUUUUAUGUCUAUUUUAAAUGAUACAAAAUUGACCGUAAAUUAUAAAGUUAACGUACCGAGGUAUAAUAGACAUGGCCGUUAGGUCCAGAAUAAAUUAUCACUCGUCUAAAUGAAAGCAGGUGCUACUGGACCAGUAAGCGAAGAUUAAGGUCAAUUCAAGAAUAAUGUAGGUACUUCGCGGGGAUACUUGUGUGCUACUGUCGCUACUGGUGAGAACUCGCGAAACGUCCCACCUACAUGGACGAUGCCACUCCAACAAACGUCAAUGGCGACGGAAACAUCAGUUUUGAAACUCCUCCAAUGGCGAGACUCCAAAUGGGUCAGUAUCCGUUCUCGAAAAGAAAAUUUAGUUUUCCGGCGUCGCUCCACGCGAACCUACUAGGUUUACCGGGCAAGGAAAAGGGUGGCAAAGACGCUAAGAACUCUAUGAGAAGGUUUAGUAACGUCGGAGAUGUCGUGUCUCGAAAAUUGUCGUACACCAUCGGUUGGAAAAGUCUGGACAAUUCGCCGCCACAGGAAGUCAUACUGCAAGGAAGAAUGCUCUGUGGUCAAUAUAUUAAGUCGCGAUUAAAAAGAUCGGGAAUUUUUAGUAAGAAAGUUUGUUUUUAUCGGCUUCGUAGUGUUAUUGGAACUCCUAGUGGAACUGUUGUAAAAGAAGUGACGCCCUUUUUGAUGGCAGCUGGCGUUGAGCUGGAAAGGAUGUAUCCUAAAUUAUACACGAGCAUAUCACGUAAAGCGAGCGGUUCUCCUGGGGGCGUCUUAGUUUCGGAUAAAACGGCAGCUGGACUGUUUGCAGCUAUUGCACAGGAGUUGCUGAAGUACGACAUAACUUGGGGGAAGGUGGUUUCACUAUUUGCCGUUGCGGGAGGAUUGGCCGUAGACUGCGUUUGCCAGGGACAUCCAGAAUACCUCCACAGUCUACUGGAGAGUAUGACAGAAGUUUUGGAGGACAAUUUAGCGGAAUGGGUCGCCAAUCAUGGCGGAUGGACCGCCCUUUGUGCUCAAUGCAGUUAUCCUGAAACCGAUUUGCCCUUAAUCGAUUACGCUUCCAAAGCUAUUUUAGUACUUAUUUUAUUAGUCAUUUUAUAUUUUAUAAUACGCUUUGUCCAGAAACUGGUAUAGCGAUCAAAGUAUAGGAACAAAUUCUUGUUACACCUGUUGUUAGGGACCUAUAGGAGUUUUAAAUAAUUGUAAUCCACGUGUACAUUUGUACUUAUCAUUGUUUUGUACUUAUAGUCUUCAAUUUGAAUAUAUACAAUUUUUGAAU